AGAUUGUUACAGUACCACUACCACCACAUGAUGUCUAGUUGUUGAUAUGUGUGACUGUUUUUACCAAAUAACUUAAAUAAGCAUUAUGUUUAUUAAUUUGACACAAAGUGCAUGCUUGCUCCUCUUAAACUUGUUGUCCAGUAAAAAGCAGCUUCAUCAGCAGUGUUCUAGUUCUCAAUCAGUAGGAUUUCCGCCCUUUUCUUGUGCGGCAUGUGGAUCACUGACAACAGCACCCCCACCCCCCACCUCCCCCCGCAUCUGACAGUCCUCUCGGGAACUGUGCCCCCCCUCCACCAUCUGCUCACGUGAUUCCCACAAUCCUCCUCAGCAUCACGGCAGCCAUCUUGGUCAACACCCUCCCAUUUGCAGCGCAUGCAGCCAAUCCGGUGAAUGCAAGCAGCUGGGCUGUAAGGGAGGGACUGAGAGAGAGAAAGAGACAUCUCUGAUUAUAGCUGCGCUGAGCCUCACACGGCAUCCCAAACCCCUGGCUGUGCUGAGCCAGAGAGCACUGAAGCCUUUAUUCACACGGAGGAUUUUAGCUGUCACUGCUUAUUCACAAGGCACGGCCAUUGAGCCCCAGGAGAAUAGCAUCCCUUCAGUCAGGUUUGCCCUGGACUGCUUGUUUGUUUUCCCCGUUCCUUCCUCCAUUCUUUGUUUCCCUUGGCUCUCUCUUUCCUUCUUUCUUUGUGCUGGCGAAGAUUCUUGCUUCGACUGGUUUAAAAACAAAAAUCGUCAUUAUUGCUAUUCGGUGCCCCUGUCUCUUCACUGAAAGCCACCAUCGUAAGCAUUGUUGUUGUCGUCGCAGCAGCAGCAGCUAUCAGCUGAGUCACCAUGUCUGAUCUGACGCCCCAGAGCGAGGCCCCCACCCCCACUACUGACAAGAUCACACAGGCUGCCAGAGAGACCAUCUACCUAUGUAACUUCCGCGUGUCGGUGGAUGGCGAAUGGCUGUGCCUGCGCGAGCUCAACGACAUCUCGCUAACGCCAGAUCCCGAGCCAGCUCAUGAAGAUCCCAAGGACCCCAUUGCCAUCGAGAGGCUUAACCUGAUGAAUAUGGCCAAGCUGAGCAUCAAGGGCUUGAUCGAGUCUGCAUUGAACCUGGGCCGCACACUGGACUCCGACUAUGCCCCACUGCAGCAGUUUUUUGUCGUCAUGGAGCACUGCCUGAAACAUGGGCUUAAAAGUAAGAAGACUUUCCUUGGCCAAAAUAAGUCUUUUUGGGGUCCUUUGGAGCUUGUGGAAAAGUUGACUCCAGAGGCUGGUGAGAUCACAGCCAGCGUCAAAGACCUUCCUGGACUCAAAACCCCUUUAGGAAGAGGCAGAGCAUGGCUUCGUCUGGCUUUGAUGCAAAAGAAGCUCUCAGACUACAUGAAGACCAUCAUCAACAGAAAGGACCUUCUCAGUGAAUUCUAUGAGCCCAAUGCUCUUAUGAUGGAGGAGGAAGGAGCUGUGAUCGCUGGGCUGUUAGUGGGCCUGAAUGUCAUUGAUGCUAAUUUGUGCAUGAAGGGAGAAGAUUUAGACUCACAGGUUGGAGUCAUAGAUUUUUCCAUGUAUCUGAAAGACGGCGCGCACGGCAGCAAAAGCACAGAGGGUGAUGGGCAAAUCACAGCUAUUCUUGACCAGAAGAAUUAUGUUGAGGAACUGAACAGACAUUUAAGUGCGUCGGUGAAUAACUUGCAAGCCAAAGUGGAUGCGCUGGAAAAAUCCAACACAAAACUCACAGAGGAGCUUGCUGUUGCAAACAACAGGAUCAUCACUCUGCAGGAGGAGCUGGAAAGGGUGAAGGAGGAAGGCUCUUACUUAGUGGAGUCUGGUCGCAAGGCACCUAGGGCGGAUGGAACUGCAAACGGUCAAGUGCUUGGGGAAACUCGCAAACAGCUUAAAGAGGAAACUCAGCUCAGACUGGAUGUCGAGAAGGAGCUGGAGGUGCAGAUAGGGAUGAAGCAAGAGAUGGAGCUGUCCAUGAAGAUGCUAGAGAAGGACAUCUGUGAAAAACAUGAUGCUUUGGUGGAGCUCAGACAGCAGUUAGAUGAAAUGCGUAUACUCAACCAUGAGCUCUCCAUUAAGUCACAGGGCUCAGAGGCCAGCGGGAAACAGAAGAGUGACAUCAUCAGCCGCUUGGAGGAGAAAACAAACCAGAUGGGGAGCAUUAUUAAACAGCUGGAGAGCAGUGAGAAAGACAUGGCUAAAGAGGCACGAAACUUGAAUACAGCUGCAGAAAAACUCCUUCAGAGGCACCAAUAAAAUAAUGGCAAACACUGGAUAGUUUCCAAAAAAAUCAACCUAAAAAAAAAAAAAAUCUUCAGUUUGAUUUUGCAUAACAGUAGGGUAUUUAUUUUAUUACUGAGUUUCAGAUCCAUUGCCAUUAUUUUGUCUUAAACCGGACUGAUCCUCAUCUUUCAAUAUUGUAUGCCUGAUCCAGUGCUCCUGUCUCUAGUCUCCCUCUCUAUGUUUUAGUCAAAGUAAAAUGCAGCUGUUUUGGCCAGUCUUAGAACAAAGAUGGCAGUCAUUUACAUUUUAAGUAAUGGAAAUGCAUUUCUCUUAUAUCUUCUCAACACUGAAUAAAGAGGCUAGCAGGAUACUUCUCAAAGUUGGUGCAUUAUAAAAACAAAACCAAGUUCAGUACUGCACGGGGAAACAUUCCUAACAAAAAUGUACAAUCAUUUUAUACUCCCUAUAUAAGUAUGCAAUGCAACACCAUAUUGAUCGGUUAAUUUUGGUUAGUCUCUUAAAAUUCUUGGACAUGAAUAUUUGACCAACCUGCUUAAGCUUCAGGAUGCCCGAGCUAACAAACUCAGUGUGUUUAUUGCAGGCAUAUUCAGGAGGUUAUGUUAGCUUUUUUGCAAGAAAUGCUGGUGAGUGAAUUAUUUUACAGCUUAUUAUAAUCUAAAUUGAAAUCUGAAUUUGAUGCAGUGGUAGUCGACGCCAAAUGUCAAAGCUUUGGAAAGAAAUUUGUGACACCAAGCUUUAUGGAUUCUUCCAAAAGUCUGGAUGAUGAAAUUGUGAACGGACUUAAGUGUAUGUAGACAUUAAUUUAGAUGUGAAAUGUAGUACAAACAUGGCUUAAUAAAAAAAUAAAA